GAGAUGGCUGUCAAUAACGAAGAGGAUCAACAAAACCAACUCGUCGGCCACAAAGAACUCGCUCAUAAGAGUCUCCUUCAGAGCGAUGAACUCUAUCAGUAUAUACUUGAAACCAGUGUGCAUCCAAGAGAGCACGAGAGCUUGAAGGAGCUCCGCGAGAUGACAGAAAAACACCCUCGGAACCUCAUGGCCACACCACCAGACGAAGGACAACUUCUGAGCAUGCUUCUUAAGCUCAUUAAUGCAAAGAACACAAUGGAAAUUGGUGUCUACACUGGUUACUCUCUGCUCUCUACUGCCCUCGCUCUUCCCCAUGAUGGAAAGAUCUUGGCUAUGGACGUGAACCGCGAAUAUUAUGAGUUGGGAUUGCCCAUAAUUCAAAAAGCUGGAGUGGCUAACAAGAUUGAUUUCAGAGAAGGACCUGCUCUUCCUCUUCUUGACCAACUGCUUAAAGAUGAAAAUAACAAGGGAACAUAUGAUUUCAUAUUUGUGGAUGCUGAUAAGGACAACUAUUUAAACUACCACAAAAGGGUAAUUGACCUUGUGAAGGUUGGGGGCUUAAUCGGGUACGACAACACUCUUUGGAAUGGAUCUGUGGUGGCCUCACCUGAUGCGCCUAUGAAGGACUACAUCAAGCAUUAUCGCCCUUAUGUGAUUGAGCUCAAUAAGUAUCUUGCUCAUGAUUCUAGGAUUGAGAUUUGUCAGCUCCCUGUCGGUGAUGGGAUUACCCUGUGCCGCCGCAUCAUCUGAUCACUCCUUCCU